AUGAGACUUUAUCGGGGUGCCUGAAGUGAUGGACUGGUACAAGAUCUCAUGUAAAGUCCAUCCAUCCAUCCAUUCAAAAACCUACCACCCGCAUCACAACCGCCACUCACUCAGCCAGACCUCCUUGCGUCCAUGUGCCUCUCUGCAUCUGAAAUCUGUCUGCUAUCAGCUAUCGGGUCACGGCCGUCAGUUGCUGCUCAGCCGCACAAACAUCUCAGCUGAUCUGCAGUGCCUCGAACUGCCCCCGCCUGUUGAUGUACCCCAGCUGCUGCCAUUGGAACUGGCAGUCGCUAUCGCCGAGGUGGGUGUUGAAGCCCUUGACCACCCCCUCCACGCCGUGCUGGGCCGCCUCGUGCAGGCGGGCCUUGUGCACCACCUCACGCACACCCAGCCGUCGAUGCCGCCCGCCCCCCUGCUGCCCCCCCUUGACGGCGAAGCACUGCAGGGGCGGCACCGUCACUUUGGUCCGCUUCGCCCCUCCGUCCUGCUGCACGUGCCGGCUCCCCCCGACCACCUCCCGGUUGCUGGUCGUCCGUGUGGCCGCCUGCGUCACGAAAUGCGCCACGGCCGCGCUCACACGGCGCUUCAGCAGCGACUCGCCCAUCAGGUACCCAUCGAUGGUCGCCAUGGCGGUGUGUGGCUCGUGCAGGAAGGAGCCGAUCUUCCAGCCGACGGCCUCUGCCUCCUGUGGGCCGAAUGAGAGGCUGGAGGGCGAUGGGUGGGUGGGGUGGCCGUCGUGGUCGGGCGCCAGGGGCAGCAGACGGGCGAGCAGCAUCGAGUGGUCGCGCUGAGGUCGCAGGGCGGCGUUGAUGGCCGCCAUGUGGUCGGCGUACUCGGGCAGCACCAGCUGCCGCUCACGGCGGUCCCGCUCUGUGGCCGUGGGCAGCCGGGCGAUGUCCGCCCCCGCCUGCAGCAGCACCCGGAUGGUGGGCUUGAGAUAGAGAAUCUCGUUGGUGGCUCGGUCCCUGGAUGCCUCCUCCGCAGUGUCGUCCUGCUCCAGCUGAGUCUUCUGAUCGAGCGCCUCAGCAGCAAAAGCGAGGGGUGUGUAGUUGGGGUGGUUGGGUUUCCCCACGUUGAUCUCAGCAGCCGUGAGGCGACGGCACAGAGAGACAGCCACACGGUGCGACCCCCACAUUGCCGCGCAGUGCAGUGGCGUGUCGCCACGGUUGUCCACUGCCGUGAUGUCCGCCCCCUUGGCCACCAACAGGUCGAGGUAGCGGUCGAUGAAGGACUGGGACCACACAGGACGGGAGGAGGCCACCCAAUGCACCGGAUUGCCGCCAUGCCGUCCAUCAGUCUCGGUUGCGAGGGUGGGGUCGCGAUCGAUGAGCUGCUGGUAGAAGGACAGCAGGGUGGCCUCGUUAUCCCUGGUGGGCCGGUCCGUCUCCAACGUGUCUGGCAGGUCCAUCACCUCUCGCCCAUGCAGCUGCAGCCCAAUCUCUGCCAUGAGCAGACGGAAGGCCGUCUCGUUGCAGGAUGCGAUGGCCACGCGGACGGGCCUGGCACCCGGGCAGUCCUCCCCGUCCUCGUCGGUCGGGAUGGCGUUUAUGUCCGCACCUCCAUCGAUGAGUGCCUUCAUGAUGGCCUCCUGCUGGUCGGGUGACGACCACCGCGGCAGAGCGAUGGGACAGUCAUCAUCGCCGUCUGCUGCGAAGAUGGACGGGAUGCGGUUGUCGGUGAGGUUGUCGAUGCACAGGGACAGCAGCGGAUAGGGUACGAAAUCUCCCGUGGUGCCCUCGACCCCCAGCUGGGGCUGCGCAUUGGGGCUGGCUCCCUGCUGUCGAAUGAGCUCCGUCACCUGCUGGACGUGGGUGAAGCCGCGCGAGAUGAUGCCCUCUGACAGCUGUCUGGUCUCAUCGCGGGUGUCAUCAGGGAAGCCCGUGUCGAGCCGGCUGCGGCCAACCCAGCCACUCGGCAGAGCUGCGCCCGCUGCGGCCAU